CAUAAAAACAGAAUAGUCGCUCUCAGAACGAUUCGUGCAAGUGAUGAAAAAAAAAAUGAAAAAGAGGAAAGCCAAAGAUGAAUUAAUCUCACAGUCACACCUGCUGGUUGGGAGUUGGGGGAUUGAAUUGAUGAUCACUGUUACUGAUGGUCAUGGACCUUGUGGUUGGAUUUGUGGAUAAGCUAAAACUAAAGAACACGCAUGCUCAAGCUCAAAGUCGGAGAUUGUGACCACCAACCCACCAACACAAUACCCAGAAAGAAACAAAAAAACCAAUCAAAAAAAAGAGAGAAGAGAUUAAAUUAGGCAAGCAGCAUUACUACACCUUACUCCUCCAACCCCCAAUCUUAAGCGCGGCUGCUUCCUACCCUCAUUGGUUUCUUUACCUAUUCACACCCCCCCCCCCCCCCCCCUUCCCCCCUCUACUGACAGGGAAAAAAAAUGGAGGUUGUGGUCCUCACAAUUCCCUCCCUCCCUUUUUCACCUUUUUCUACUGCCUUCUUCUUCUUCCUCUUCUUUGCAAGUAUCGUCUCUGUUCGACCUUUCUGUUAUUCAUCAGUUACAUCCGAUAAUCAUUCUCACUGAAUGGAAAAGAUUAUGCCAGACGGGAGGCAGAGCUUGAUCAAGGACAAGGCAAAGAAGGAGGUGGUGGCGGAGGAGGAAGGUGAUGAGGAGGAAGAGGAGGUUGGUGGGUUCGAGGACGACAAGAGGAAGAGGACUACUGUCGUAUCUCCACCCAGGAGGAAAGGCUCAGCUGGGGGAGGUGGGGUUGCCCCGCCUUGUUGUCAGGCGGAGAAGUGUACUGCUGAUCUCACCGAGGCUAAGCGCUACCAUCGCCGUCAUAAGGUCUGCGAACAACAUGCUAAAGCUCCGGUAGUACUUGUUGCCAGCCUCCGCCAACGGUUCUGCCAGCAAUGCAGCAGGUUCCAUGAGCUAUCAGAGUUUGAUGAAGCUAAAAGGAGUUGCCGUAGACGCUUGGCAGGACACAAUGAGCGACGAAGAAAGAGCUCUACUGAAUCUCAUGGAGAAGGCUCAAGCCACAAGGGCGUGGUACCUCAGCUGAAGGAAAACCAUUGCAGGCAGGCUGAUCAAAGUGGGAGGAUGCAGGUACCCCAUACAGGAUCUACCACUUAUAAACAUUUUCAGAUCAGAUAAGAUCUAACCAUUCAUCCCUCAGCAUGCUCUCUCUCUUCUGUCAUCCCAAUCUUCUUCUUUAUGCACUGAUUACAGUGCCUUAUAUAUAGUGAGGAGUUGUAUCUAAGGGAGACAAAAAUCAACAGCAUUGUAAUAUCAUUUCAUGGUCAUGUUCUAUUUGCCACUUUCAGUAGUAGGCAUGAACUAUUUGAUGUCUUAAAGUUAGUGUUCAUGUAAUAGUUUCAGUUUCAGUGAAUAUUCACAACUUGUUACGCCUUAA